CACAUGCUUUGUCUAGUCUUUCCCAACAUUUUGAUCUCAUAAGGCCCCAUCUGAUGAUCAAUCUGAUGGUGGUGGUUCGAUGAGGUUAUUUGCAGAGAUAUCCCACAUAGAUGUGAUAGCUUGACAGGUUAGUCACCGUUUAAAGUCGAUCAAAUUUAAGUUUCUCCCCAUGAGAUCAUGUCCUUUGAAAAUGAAUGUGCUCUUGUUCUCUUGGUAGGCAACAAACGUCCCACCACAUCAUUAAGAAACUCAAUCUGCUAAUAUUUUAUCAUAGAUGAGAGAAGAUUGCAGUGUUUCAUUUUUUCUCUUUUUUUUUAUUAUUAUAAAGAAAUUGAGGAAACAACCUUUUGUGAUUUGUGAAGUGCAUAUAAUGUUGAUUAGCCUUCAUUGCUUGUCACAUAUGUAAAACAAAACCAUGUGAAACUCUGUUCUGGCAUGUCCCACUAUUGUAGUUUCAUUGCAUGCAGAGUGGUUUUAACUCCUUCAUUGAUCUAUUUAUACAUCCAGAGACACAACCAAUUCUUCACAACACCAAGUAGUAAAGCAAUCCAAAUCUUGACUCUCAGCAUUUAACUUAGUAUCCUCAACCCACUUCAGUUUAGAUUUUCGAAGACUAUAAAUGGCUUUGGUAAGAGGUCUCUUGGGUGCAAAAAAGAUCAUGAGCCGCUCUGUAACAGCUACAACACCAAAAGGUUUUCUUGCGGUGUAUGUUGGCGAGGACCAGGUCCAUAAGAAGAGAUAUAUGGUUCCUGUAUCAUAUUUGAACCAGCCUUCCUUUCAAGCUCUGCUCAGUAAAUCUGAAGAAGAGUUUGGGUUUGAUCAUCCUAUGGGUGGCUUAACGAUCCCUUGUCCUGAAGAUACUUUCAUCAUUGUGACUUCUAGCCUAAAGCGAAGAUGAUCCAAAGAAGAGAGAUCUAACAUUUGUAGCUCGAGUUAGAGAUAGAAUCAUUCAGUGUAAAUAGGUUAACCUUUUCUUCGUUCAUUGUGAGAAAAGAGUUGUUAAAGAGGUCACAAGGCUUAAUGUGAAUGUCAUUUUUGUUAUGUAAGCAUUAAAAGAUCUCUCUAUUCGAAUUAAAUUUUUUUCUGAAAAUAUAAUUUCAUCUUAAAAGCUUGGAUUGCUUGAGUGUUAAUGAUAUUAAGAGUUUGUUCUGUUUCAAAUAUACAGAGGAAUCAAUGAUAUGAGUGGAAAUUUAUGGUCUGCAGCGUUUCACAAGUUUCAACUUGUUUCCCAUUAAUAUUGAAAGCUUGGGGUUCUUAAAUAUAACUAAUCACGUUUCUGGAUUGCUCGAGUGUUAAUGAUAUGAAGAGCUUGUUCUGUUUCAGACUCAGUAGAUACAAAGGAAUCAAUGAAAUGACUUGAAACUUGUGGUCUUUCCAAACAGCGUUCCACAUGACUCUCUAAUCAAGAAGGAUGAUUUAUUGACUGUAGUCUGUAUGACGAGUUACAUCUUUCUCAACUAAUUAUUCACUGAUUGUCCUGUCUUAAUGAGGUAUCCUCUGCAGUCUUUGGGGUAAUUUGAUUGUGUUGUGAGAUGACUGGAAUCGUAAACAAAAGCAUAUAUGGGUCUCACAACUUUCUCCUGCUACUAAUAUGGAUACGUAGACAAUUAUCAAUUAUGCAUGCAAGAAAGAUGAAAAUAUUCUCAGAAAACUUGCUGCUGUUGUAUAAUUGAAACCAUUGUUUUUACACGGAACUAUGACAUACACAUUUGCAUUUUGUAGCCUCUUGAAUAACUCUAUUUCACAAAGAGUGAUGAAAAACGUUAACAUAGAUACAUUGAAUAAUUUUCUCUCUAACUCAGGCUAAACUAAUGUCAGUUUUUUUCUUCUUCAUCACUGAAGCUGGGAAGUCGCAUUGAUGAAGGUAUCUUCAGGACAAGGAAUCGUUAAGCCACCCAUUGGAUGAUCAAAUCCAAACUCUUCCUCCGAUUUACCAAGAAGAGCUUGAAAAGAAUGCUGGUUUAAAUAUGAGAUAGGCACCAAAUAUCUCUUCUUCUACACCUGGUCUUCACCAAUGUACACCGCAAGAAAACCCCUUUGGCACUGAAACUGUCCUUUUGCUUGUAGCCGCUACAGAAAAGUUAAUAAUCUUCUUUGUACCCAAGAGACCUCUGAGCAAAGCCAUUUCUUGUGUCUGGAAAAAUUGAAAUCUGAAGCUUCUUAGAACAGUUUAGAUGCUCAGAUUCAAGGUUUGUAUUGCUUUUGGUACUUGGUGAUUGAAGAGUUGGCUCUGUCUCUGGAUGUAUAAAUAGAUUGAUGAAAGACUGAAAACAACCCUGGAACCAUUGGAAGCAUGGGACACACACAAACAGAGUUUCACAUGGUUCUGUGUUGUAGAUAUGACAGAUGACAGGAAACGAAAAUUGUCAUGUGUGAUCCUAGUAGUGGAUAUAAUCAAAGAACAACUUAACCUGUGACACAGACUUGUUGUUCUGUUGUUGAGAAACUUCAGGUCCCCACUUUACUUUCUUAUUAAUUUAAUCCAUUUAGAAAACGGAGAUGAGAGAAUAUGAUCACCACAGAACAUGAAGAACAGAAACUUGCUAGUCUUUAUCAUAGACAAUAGCAUAUGUCUAGAAAGAAAACAGUCCCUUGUGAUGUGCAUAUGGAGUUUGUUUUUUAGUUUAUUGUCACACACUCAAUUAAUAAUCUCAUCAAGAAAAAAUUGCAUUUAGCUAUAACUUUUCCAGUUGGUAAAGACAGAACCAUGUGAAACUCUAUUCUACUAUGACCCACAACAAGACCACAAGUUUUAAAGACUUUUCAGAGAUGCUUCAACUCAUUCAUUGAUCUUUCUAUAUAUACAUAUCACAUUACCUAUUCUUUUCAUCAUCAACCAACAAACAAGAAAUAUAUCCAAUAACUUUCAUCUUUUCAUACAUCUUCAGAAGCUUCAUAAGAAUUCAAACUUUCACUCCAAAAAAAUACAAAAUGGCUUUCGUGAGAAAUCUAUUGGGUACAAAGAAGAUUCUUGGCCGCUCCCUCUCAGUAGCAGCAAGCAAAAGGACAACCUCAGCGGCACCAAAGGGGUUUCUUGCAGUGUACGUAGGAGAGAGUCAGAAGAAGAGAUAUGUGGUGCCAGUCUCAUACUUGAGCCAGCCUUCAUUUCAAGCUCUACUCAGCAAAUCGGAAGAAGAGUUUGGGUUCGAUCAUCCAAUGGGUGGCUUAACGAUCUCCUGUCCUGAAGAUAUCUUCAUCAAUGUGACUUCCCGGCUGCAACGAUGAUUAUCCAACAUAUUGUUCUUCGAGAUAGAGAUAGACCUGUUCUUUGUAAAUAGAGGAGAAACGUUUUUCUCUUUCAUCUCGAAAGAGUUGUUCUAAAAGUUUUGAAAAGUAAAUACCAUUUUUCAGUUAUAGGCACAAUCAUGAUUCAUGUUAAAUGAA